AUGACUUCGACAACAGAGUCCGUGGCCACGUCGAUCACGGCCACAGCCAUGACAGCACAUAAUGGAACUACCAACGAUAUCAAUUCAACGAGUGGCGUGACUCCAGACAAUACCACUUCCGCAAUAUCAACUCCCUCCCCAUCUUCCACCAGUGCCUCCGCAGUAUCGGGAUCCUCUGCAACCCAGAACCGCGCAUCAAUCCGUCGCCCGCCGCGAAAAAGUACCUUGACGCAGCAACAGAAGAACCAGAAACGCCAGCGCGCAACGCAGGAUCAACUGGUUACCCUUGAAACGGAGUUCAAUAAGAAUCCAACCCCGACAGCUGCUGUGCGCGAGAGGAUUGCUGAGGAGAUCAAUAUGACUGAGCGGUCGGUUCAGAUUUGGUUUCAAAAUCGACGUGCUAAGAUCAAAAUGAUUGCCAAAAAAGGCAUCGAGACUGGUGAAGACUGUGAUGCCAUUCCCGAAUCGAUGCGCCAAUAUCUUGCCCUCCAUUUUGAUACUUCAAAGGCUCACGCACGCAACUUAUUCAAUAGAUACCCCGGAUACGGACCCAACGAGAUGCAUGAGCCUCCUGUCUCGUCUGGCAAAAUCGUUAUCCACCACUUCGCAUGUCGUUCCCUCAGAAUUGGUACCUGGCGUCGUGUAGGCCAAAAUGCCAUGGACCUAGUGAUCUUCUAUUCUCCUGAGAAGUCUUGCAUGACAUACUAUAUAAAUAACGAUUCUGCGGGGUAUAAGAUCGAAUACCCAUUCUCUUACAUCAAGAAUAUUGUCUUGGAAUCUGGCGACCCAGGGCCGAAUGCUGAUGGCACUCCACCGAAGCCUGGAGGACUGGUUAUCGAACUCAAUCGUCCUCCAAAUUUCUAUAUGGACUCAUCAAACUCGGGCGGAUUUUACCAAUGCAGGGAUUUCACUGAGGAUCAACAGGCUACCAAGUCAAUGAUUCAUUAUCUAGGCGGUCACCCGAAAGUCCUCAGUGUUCAAUUAGCGAAACUGGUAUCGCUUGAGUCAUUCCAAAAUCGUCUGAUGCAGUAUGAUUUCAGCGGAUUCGCUGUGUCAGCUCCUGUUUCUCCGCACAUCGUUCACAGACCAGCUUCGCAGCCAAACCAUCUAGCUAGGCCCAAUUCAUCCAUGUAUCAGGAGAAUAAUAACCAAUUCGGAAUGAACUUACAUCCUGGUCGGGGUCAUAAACGGCAACGAAGCCGGUCUGUUCCCGUGCCAGUUGACUUUGCUGCCAUGGGCUACCAUGUGCCUUCAUUCCACAUCCAACAAUCCCAUCCCUCAGCACAGCAGUUCAACCCAGAUCCUAACAUCUUCGCACCCAUCCCGCAGAGCCGCAUGCCACAUAUUCCGCCUGUCAGUGAUGACAUGCGGAUAGAUGCCCCGCCCGGCUAUGCCAUGGACUUCCAACCCUAUCCCAUGUCUGCAACAACAACGACACACACUGCAACAACAGCUGCGACCUCCUCAGAAUUCGCCAAUCCACCUUUCUUCGCUACAGCUGCACCAGCAGACCAGAAGCCGAUUCAGAUGCAAACUCACCAGCAACAGCCUAACACUUCCACGCAGCUACUAGGAUCACCAUACAGCCUUCCCUUCCUCUCACCGUCUCCAAUGGUUGAUGCCCCAAAUAUGAUGCCUCAACAGCAACAACACUCUCCCUCACCAUUAUCACAUGUCAGCCACGUCGCUACCGAACCAAUGAUCGCGGACCAAUCUCCACCCUCCGUGACGAAACUGCAACUCAAUCCCUCCCCUACGCCUUCUGCGGAUGACUUGUUCUCUCUCUCCCUUGCUGACCAUGACGCCAAACAAGGCAACGACGAACAUAUGGCCGGUAUGCCUGGUCUUGGUCCUGUUGGUGUUGUAGGUGAAGACGGCAGCGAUGAUGCUGCGGGUAUGCUAUUGAGCGAGAUGUACUCGAAGCAAGAUCUUAAUCAAAAUCACGAUCAUAAUAAUCAGGACAUGUCCAUGUCCAUGCCGAUGUCUAUGCCUAUACCUAUGCACCAUGACCACUCGCCGCCGAUGGAGAUGGAUGACGAUAGUUUCGUGCUUGCGUUGCAAGGGUUUGGGGCUGACCAUGAUCACCGACAACAGCAGCAACAUGGCCUUGGUCACUCACCACCAAAUGAGAGUGUUGGCGAUUACCAUGGUAUGCUCCCGUUUGACACUGUGGAUCCGAGCUCCCUUGCUGUGACAGCUGCGGAGGCUUGAAUUGAACAAAACACGAGCAGAGAGGUCUUGGUGAAUUCAAGUUACGGCCGAAUAUUUUCUUUACUUUUUAUUUUUCUGAUACUUUUUCUCUUCUUUUGUUUCUUUUCAGAUUUGGAAAUGGCGAAUUCGCAGAUUUUGUAUGGCUUUAUAUGUUCUGUUGAUUAUUUUGAUAUAUAUUCUUUUCUUGUUUUUUGUUCCAAAUUGCCAAUUGCAUCGAUUCCUCUCACGCUCAACUCGGGUUUUCUCUUUUUAUAUUCUUUUUUCCUUUGACUGGUUUCAUUGAGCCUGUUCUUUUUUUCUUGUUUUUUUCUUUUUGGCUCUUACGUUUCAGUUUACUCACCAUGCUGAGUUUACUUUUAUCUUCUAUUAACCAUUCUCAUUCUUCCUCCGUUUUCCCCCUCGCAAGUUAUAACUUGUAAGGGACCAAACUUGCAUUCAACAUCAUUCCUCUCCUCUCAACCGAUCAGUCAAUUGGCUGGCCUACCUAUCAACCGACCAAGCAACCGACCAUGUACUUCACCCAUUCCAAAUCCAUUACCCGCAUGCUUCUUUCCUCAUCCCAACUCGCUAAGUCCUUAUUUACUUACAAAUCUCAGUAAUGUUUUUACUUUAUUAUUUAUUUAUUUCCUAUUUUUACUUUUAAGAACUUCUCCAAUGAUUACUAUUAUUUGUUUUUCUCUCUUUCCAUUCUAUCCGUUUAAUUUAUUAUCAAAUACACAGGGCGGGUUUCCCUGUUUUUUUUCUUCUGAUUCUUUGAGUUGAACAAGAGCAUCAACAAUGCCAAUUAACAAUAAAUUACAAUUUUUUUAUAUA